AUGUUCACCCCUCAGACUCGACCUCGCUCGCCCCACUCACUCCUGCUGCUCCCCCUGCUCGCGUUGCUCGCACUCGUCUUGAACGCCCAAGGAGUAAAAGCGGCUUCGAAGGACGAGUGGAGGAGUCGGAGUAUUUAUCAGUUGAUGACGGACCGCUUCGCACCACCCUCAUCUACCGCGCCUGCUUUGACUGCAGGGAUCCCGGAGGAUGGGACGGCUCCUUGUCCGGCUGGAACCCAGAAUUGGUGUGGCGGGACUUAUCGGAGUAUCGUCGACAAGCUGGAUUAUAUCCAGGGUAUGGGUUUCGAUGCGAUUUGGAUUUCGCCUACGAGCAAGAAUAUCGACACGAUGACGGCCUAUGGGGCGGCUUACCAUGGCUAUUGGAUCGAGGACACCACCCAGCUUAACCCUCGAUUCGGUGACAAGGCCGACUUGCUCGCCCUCUCGGCCGAACUGCACAAACGCGGCAUGUUCUUGAUGGUCGACAUUGUCGUCAACCACGUCGUCGCCAACCCGGCGCCGACCGUCCAGGAGAUGAUCGAUCUGAACCCGGACUUGUUGUGGCGCAAGGUUGAGCAGUAUCAUCCGAGGUGUCCGAUGGAUUACGGGAAUACGACUAGCGUGGAGGUGUGCUGGAUGGGCGACGACAAGCUCCCACUCGCCGACGUUAACACGGAGAAUGUCGAGGUCAUCCAGACGUUGCAGACGUGGAUCCACGAUUUCGUCACCGAGUUUGGCGUGGACGGGUUGAGAAUCGAUGCCGCCAAGCACGUCCGACCCGAGUAUUGGCAGCCGUUCUGCGCGUCCGCAGGCGUGUUCUGUAUCGGCGAGGUGUAUGGCAGCGACAUCGCCGAAGCGGCUUCGUUCCAGUCGCUGAACUAUAUGGAUUCGGUGUUGAACUUCCCCACGUACUACGGCGCCGCGGCAGCCUUUUUCAACCGACCUGAUGCGCCGUUGAACAUGUCCAACCUCGUUGAUAUCCACUCCCAGGUCCAGAAAGCUUUCCCGGACGUCGGCUUGCUCGGUAGCUUCUUGGGGAACCACGACUUGCCUCGAUACCAUGGCUUGCAAGUCGACCCUCGUACCGCCUGGAACGCACUUGUUUGGCAGUUCAUGAGCGACGGAAUCCCUACCGUAUUCUAUGGCGACGAACAAGAAAUCGGCGGAGGUGACCUUCAAGGGCGAGGCGAUCCGUACAACCGGCCUGCCUUGUGGACGCCUGAGAGUGGCAAUUACGAUGUGACCAAGGGAACCUACGUCAACAUUCAGCGACUCAAUCAGGUCCGCAAGUUCCUGAUCGCCACGGACGCUCAACGAGAUGGCAAGACGUUCUUGCACAACAACGUUGAUUUCUUGGAGUGGAACGACAACGAUUUAGCGUUCCGCAAGGGUCCCAUUCUGGUCUUUUUGACGAACCGAGGCAGCCCUUCCGUACCGGCCUCCAUUGGUGUCAGCAGCACUGGCUGGAAGGGAUCCGUCGUCAACAUUCUCGAAUGCAAUGUGUACAACAUCGGGUCAAACAGCUCGAUUAUGGUGUCGUGGUCUGCUGCUGGAGCCGGCGGGAAACCAUAUGUCUUUAUGAGCUACGACGACGCUGCUGCCACUGGCAUCUGCCCUAACGUCGUCAGCUACAACAAGGCCAAUUCGACCAAGUCUAGCACUCGCAACUCGCGAGACAAUGCCGCCGACGUCGGGGUCGUUCAGUCAUCCAUUGUCGGUCUCGCCCUUUUGACCUGCGCCAGUAUUCUCUUUUCGCUUCUCCUUUGA